UGUGAAAGUAGGAAAGAAACAUGUUUGUAACAAAACAGAUUGAAUCUGAACACAAAGAUUUAAUACACGAUGUUUCAUUUGACUUCUACGGUAAACGGAUGGCAACAUGCUCUAGCGAUCAAAGUGUAAAGGUUUGGGAUCUUGGAGAAGAUGGAGAAUGGAAGUGUACAGCAAGCUGGAAGACACAUAGUGGAUCAGUUUUUAGGGUAACUUGGGCUCAUCCAGAAUUUGGUCAGGUGCUGGCCACCUGUUCCUUUGACAGACAGGCAGCAGUGUGGGAGGAGAACUUUGGGGAUGUGAGCAGGGAGGGUGUGAAGAGUAACUGGAUCAAAAAGAGCAUUCUGGUAGACAGUCGCACUGCAGUAACUGAUGUUAAAUUUGCUCCAAAACACCUUGGGUUACAGUUGGCUGUUUGUUGCUCUGAUGGUAUGGUAAGAAUUUAUGAAUGUCCAGAUGUAAUGAACAUAAGCCAGUGGUCUCUACAACAUGACAUACAAACAAAGUUCAAAUGCAGUUGUCUUAGUUGGAACUCCUCAAGGAUGCAUCCACCAAUGAUUGCGGUGGGGAGUGAUGAUAAUAAUCCGUCAGGUGGAGGAAAAUGUCAGGUGUUUGAGUACAACGACAGCACCAGAAAAUGGACCAAAGUUGAAACAAUAGUAGCUGUCACUGAUCCAGUACAUGACGUGGCAUUUGCUCCCAACCUCGGCAGAUCGUACCAUCUGUUGGCCAUAGCAUCUAAGGAACUAAAGAUCAUCAGCUUAACUCCACUUGGCAGAGAUUCUGUUAUUGGAAAUCAGGCAGUGGUCAGUAGGUUUGAAAUGAAGCAGGUGGCCAGUUUUGCAGACCAUGAAUCACCGGUAUGGCGAGUCAGCUGGAAUGUCACAGGGACUGUGCUUUCCUCCUCAGGGGAUGAUGGAUGUGUCAGGUUAUGGAAAGCAAACUAUCUUGGAAGGUGGAAAUGUAUAUCCACACUCAAAGGAGAUCCCUCUCAGAAUCGCUUUGACAGAAAUCUAAGUGCCAACCCCUCACAGAUCCCCAUCGAUGGUGUAAGCCAGCAGAGCAGUGAAGACUUAAUGAGGAUGAAUAUAAAACGGAACUCGGGGUGGCCAUCAUUUAACACCAAGAAGGACCAGGGAAAAACAUACUACUGACAGUGAUCAGCUGGAUAGGAAUUGAAAUAUAUACCACAUCCAAAACAUACUAGUCUUACAAUGUAUGAUAUAUGUUGUCAAUAAUGGAUCUAACAUUCCAGUAAAAUUAUGUUUUAUUUUGUGGAGAAAAGAUUACAGUGAUCUAGUCCAUCAGGGCUCCAUUGUGAAUUACAUGUUACCAUUGUUAAGUCAAAUGCUUUGCUGACUAUUUAUGCAGUUGAAUGGAAAGAUAAGAAAAUUAUAAAAUGGAAAAGAAUGUCAAAAGCAAAUCAAGUGAAGAUUUAUGAAUAAGAUUGAAUUAGUACCCAUUGUCUUCCCAUGAUGCAUGCAAAUUUUUGCAAAUGCUUUGAACUCUUAUAUGUUGCUGUUGUGUUUUGUAAUGUGAAACAUAAAUCAAUGCAGGCAAGUCUUUUGUGUAGAAUUUGAGAAACAGAAUGCUAGUAUGUGUACUUGUAUUGAUUUCAGAUGCUGACCAAUUGUUUGCAAUGAAAAUGUUCUUCUUUUUUUAUCUUAGAUGAAAUUUGCCAUUUGUCCAAAUUAUGCAGAAUUUAAUUAUUAGGAGAGUCUGUCAUUUGUAUGGGCAUAAGAAAUGUUACAAAAUAUUAAAUUUAUAAUACUGAA